AUGUCCCCUUCUCGCAAACCGAGCACAGAGAAUGUAGUAUCCUGCGCAGAAGCUGAGGCCGAUGGCGCAGUGGAACUCAAACUCCAACCCUGCCCGUCCGGCGUAAAGGAAAACGAGACUGUGCGCAUGGAAGUGGAUUCAGAGGACAAGACAGAGGGCUCUUCUGCCCCUGUCGGCAAGGCUUCCGCCAAACCUAACAAUCCACUGGCUAAACAACAGUCCGGCAAAGCACCAGUGAAAACUACAACCCAGAUUUAUGACGGGCCUGAAAUCGAAUAUGAGGACUGCCCCGAAGAGUUCAAGUGGAUGCUUGACAUGAUGCUUGAACUCGCACUCGAAGAGGAAGGAUACUAA